AUCCAGCACAGCGUGCAGCACAGGAGGACGAGAAGAGAGACCAGAGAGCUCUCUGUUCUUCAGUUCUCUUCUUCUUCAGGUAGAAGCGCUAGUGUGACAGCAAGGGAGAUCAAGCAUGCACUGCUGCUGCGACUGCUGAUCAAAGGCUGCUUCGGAAAGGCAUCACAGCUCCAAUUCUUCCAUGUAAAAUUGAAGAUUCGCUCUUUAGCUCUUUACAGUUGUUCAGCAUCUGAGUAGUCAGAACAGCAAAGGGAACGCAAUUGGUCCAGAGAAGACCCCCCUCCAGGUCAUGCACGCAGGCGGUCCGCAGCGACCGGCAUCCAGCAGAGGGUGCUCCGGGUUGAUAGGUUUGGCACUGGUCGGAAGUUUGGCUGUUCUGCUUCUAGCCUUUGGUUUGGUUGGGAACUCUGGGAAGAGCAGUCCAAUGGCACAGAGAGUUCCCAUGCCGGGGGGUCAGGUGGAUGUCGGCGGCAGCAAUGAUCCUGACGCGGAAGAGGUUGGGAAGUAUGUGGUCUCGACAAUUGCCAAAGAGCAGAAUGCGCCCGACCUGAAGUUCGUCCGCGUUGUCUCUGCAACCAAGCAAGUGGUGGCCGGUCUCAUGUGGCGGCUGACUGUGGAGGUGAAGACGCCCGUGGGGCCCGCAGAGUACAAGGCAACGGUGUACGAGCCCCCAGGCCCUGAUGCAACCAGGUCGCUUGAGAAGUACGAGCUGGUUCCCAAGUCCAGCCACGGCGACUCCGAUGCAACUCCAUCCGAUUUAGGCGCGCACCUGGGGGGCGCCAGCUCAGCGGACGCUGGCCUGCGGACCGUCGAUCCGGAAGAUCCUGCGGUGGAGGAUGCGGCACAGUUUGCGAUCAAGCAGCUUCAAGCGCGGUCCAACUCGUUGGUGAAGCCGGAGCUCAAGAAAGUUAAGGAGGCGAAAGCUCAGGUGGGGUCCAAGUCGACGACGUUCCACCUCACGCUCGAGCUGCAGCACGGCAACCGGACGGAGACAGUGCCCGUGGUGGUGGACCGGACCAAGGACGGCAAGUUCUCGCUGACCCACGCGGGGCAGCCGGAAGAGGUGCGGCACUAAAAGGGCUAGGUUCGUCGAAAGUUCGGAACUAGCUUCAACAAAAUUGCUCAUUGUCAAGUCGGAAGAUCUUCAGAAAAGCUAGCGACUGCCUUAGUAUGUGUGAUGGGGACAAAAGUGGGAUUACAGCGUGAUCGAAAGAAGUGUACAUAUAUCCAGUGACCUUCCUGCCAAAAUUGUUCUUGUACGUUGAUGCUUUCAAUUGAGCCCAAUCAGUGAGAUUGACGGUUGUUUGAGUGGGCUUCAAAAGUUCUCUGGUGUGUGCA